UUUUUUCCCUACCAAUGCCUCCUGUGAUCGAAGACGAGUAUCGUACGGUCGGCGGCAACAGAAAUAGUGCAGCAGCCGACUGGUCGGUUGCCUCUGGUCUUGUGAGCUUCGGCGCGGACCAGAAUGUUGCGAUCUGGUCACCGUUGAAUGGCUCAGGCCGCGGACUAUCAUCCCUACUUUCUGGGCACAACGCAAAAGUCACGGCUGUCAAAUUUCUCUCCACUUCAGAUGAGCCAGCCACAAGUGAGGUUUUGGUAACCGGCGCUGCUGACGGAGAGAUUCGGCUUUGGGAAACAGGCGAGCGAUGGAAAUGCGUGGACAAGGCUACUGCGCAUGAUGGUAGCGUAAAUACGAUUGCAGUCCUGAGCCAGAGUAGUGUCUUUGCAACUGGAGGCGCGGAUGCGGAGAUCAGGCUGUGGAGAGUUGACAAUGGCAAGCUCCAGGCACUGUCUAGCUUGACCCUCAAACCCAAGUUUAUGCCCCUUGCCUUGGCCCUAGGCCCUUUCUCAGGUACCGCAGACAACGACUCGGCCUUUCUGGUCGUUGGAGGCACACGCAACGAUAUCCAAAUUUAUUCUAUCGAAGAUGUGUCGACGACACCACAAUUCAAGCUUUGCGCAACCCUACCUGGGCAUGAGGCAUGGAUACGAUCGCUGGCACUGACACCGGUCUCUGAGAGCGGCUUCCUGUUGGCUUCCGCCAGUCAAGACAAAUACGUUCGGCUGUGGCGCUUUCAGUCCGGAGACUUCGUAAACGGAAAGAAAGCCAUUGAUGCGAGCAAUCUCUCGAAUGGGACGAACACACUCAGUGCUAAAGUUCAAAGUGUAUCAGCUGGAGGAAAGAAAUACUCGAUCACAUUCGAGGCACUCUUACUUGGACACGAAGAUUGGGUCUACUCGGCAGCAUGGAGUCCGAAGACCUCCACGCCACAACUCCUCACAGCUUCAGCAGACGGAUCUCUCUCAGUAUGGGAGUCGGAUCCAGUAUCGGGGAUCUGGAUAAGCAUUUCUCGCCUGGGUGAGAUCAGCGGUCAGAAAGGCGCGACAACUGCAACGGGCUCAUCUGGCGGCUUCUGGACGGGACUGUGGUCGCCGAAUGGUGAGAUGGUCACCUGUCUUGGCCGGACAGGCAGCUGGCGACUCUGGCAAUACAAUGCCGAGUCGCAGUUCUGGACUCAAAAAUACGCUGUCAGCGGGCACAUCAACUCCGUCAACGGGAUAAUCUGGUCGCCAGACGGAAGCUACCUGCUCUCAACGAGCUCAGAUCAGACGACGAGACUCCACGCCGAAUGGAAAAGAGGCGAGAAACGAAGCUGGCACGAAUUCUCGCGCCCACAGAUUCACGGCUACGAUCUCAAUUGCAUUGCCACCACGACGCCUCAUCAAUUCUCCUCGGGAGCGGACGAGAAGUUGCUUCGUGUUUUCAACGAGCCCAAGGACAUUGCCCAGAUGUUGCACAGACUCUGUCAAAUCCCCUUACCAGACACAGACAAGCAAUUACCCGACACGGCUGCCAUUCCUGUCCUUGGACUCUCGAACAAGGCUGUAGAUGACACUGAAGAGGCGCCGGAUGCCGCUAUGGAAGGACUCUCAGUGACAGACGGUAUGGGUGCAUCACUACUUGACAUCCAAGAGCCGCCAACAGAAGAUCUACUGUCUCGGCAUACUCUAUGGCCCGAACACGAGAAACUAUACGGCCACGGCUACGAGAUCUCCGAGGCCGCCGCUCCGACCGAUGGCAGUGUGCUCGCUACAGCGUGCAAGGCCAGCUCACUUGACCAUGCUGUCAUACGUCUCUACGAUACCAACAGCUGGAACGAAAUGAAGCCUCCACUGAAAGCACAUUCGCUGACUGUCACGCGACUUGCGUUUUCAACCCAGCCCGCGGGAUAUCUACUUAGCGUUGGCCGUGAUCGGCAAUUUGCUGUGUUCCGACGCUCAGAAGACGCUCAGGGCGCGCAAACGUGGACUCGCGUUGCGACAAACAACAAGGCUCACUCUCGUAUGAUUCUGGACGCUGCGUGGCUGGAGAACGCUCAAAGACCGACAUUCGCAACCGCGGGAAGGGACAAAAGCGUCAAAGUGUGGGUUGCCGACCCGAACAGCGAGCAACUCGAGUUUGUCUGCAAGGCACAAAUCACCCGCAAAACGGCAGUGACUGCAAUUUCUGUCUUGUCUUGCGGCGGACGGUCGAUUCUGGCCGCAGGUGAAGACGACGGGACAAUCUCCCUGCAUCUGCUCCAAUAUGAUGACAACCUCGAGAAUGUCAAGGUCACGAGCACUAAUGUUGACGAUUACCUAUGUCCGUCUAAGACGAUCAAUCAACUUGCGUGGCGCCCGGUCGACACAAGUCGUGACGAGACUGGUCAGUUGGCAAUCGCUUCGGCAGAUGGCUCUGUGCGGAUCUUGAAAGUCGACUGGCGAGGCUGGACGGAUGCGGAUGUAUGAAUGAUACCACAGGUGGUUUUCUAGCCUGAUAAUGUAUGGUGUUAAGACCAAAUUCUUGUUCACUCCCAGCGCCAUCCAUGCAUAUGCAUAUUAACAUAGGUGCUCAGAAUCU